GUCAGUAGCAGUUAGAUGUGUCUGUCCCCUCGUCCGUGACGAUGACGAUGAAGGGCUUGUCGAGUAGCCGGAGGCACCAUCACAUGGUGACCUGUGACCCCUCCUAUGACUCCAUGACCCUGGGGCGCCAAGCCCGGCACUACCCGCUGAACCCGGGCAAUGCCCACCCGGCGGACCACCCUUACUAUGCCCAGCGAAGCUCCUUCCAGUCUGAGUGCGGGCCCUACCCUGACCCGGCUAGCAGCACCUUCCCCCGAAGACACUACAGCUCACACCAUGAACUGAAGGAUGAGUGUGCUGUGGUGCCUUACACCGGAGGCCAGGGGGGAGGCGUUAAAAACAACCGCAUCCCCCCCAACCUUCUGGAGCAGUUUGAACGGCAGGCGCCGGCGCGCCAUGACGGCUACCACACACUGCAGUACAAGUGCACAGCGGUGGCGCACCAGCGCAGCGACAGUCCUGGGAGGAUCCGGCAUCUUGUCCACUCGGUCCAAAAGCUCUUCACCAAGUCUCAAUCCCUGGAAGGCCCAUCCGGGGAUAGGAUGAACGGGGGCAAGGCCAGCUCUGACGACCCGCCCUCCCACUCGGGUACCCUGAAGCACAGCAGCAAGCGCAGCAAGAGCAAAGACCGCAGCAGGUCGGAGCCCAAGAUGCGCUCAGCCAUCUCAGGCUACUGGAGCUCGGACGACACCCUGGACCGCGAGGUGUGCCUGUACCACCACCACAGCCCCAUCCCGGGAGGCAUGCCCUCGGGGGUGAUGACCAUGGGCCGCCACCCAGGCAAGUCCCAGUCACAGUACUUCAUGGAGCAGUACAACACCAUCAGCGCCCACUCGCUGAAGACGUCACGAAGCAACAACGACGUCAAGUGUUCAACAUGCGCCGGGUUGCCGGGACUGGGCACGGGGAUAGACGGGACUGGCCAACUGCUGAAGAAGAGCUCGUGGUCAUCAACGCUGACGGUCAGUAGGGCCAGGGAAGUCUACCAGAAAGCAUCGGUCAACCUGGACAAAGCCCCGGUCAAGGCUGAUACCUGCCAGCGGGGGGGACGCCAGAUCUAUCAAUUCCUCCAGGUACCCCAGGACGAGUGGAGUAGGGGGUUCUUGUCCGUGGGGAAAGACGAGGAGAUCCCAUGCAGGCGUAUGCGCAGUGGCAGCUACAUCAAGGCCAUGGCGGAGGAAGACAGCGGCGACUCAGACUGCAGCCCCAAGCCCUCGCCCAAGGUGCAGGCGCGCCGGGCAAGCUAUCUGAAGGCCACACAGCCAUCGCUCACCGAGAUGACCACCCUCAAGAUCUCCACCGAGUCGCACUCUCCCAAGCUGCAGAUCCGGAGCCACAGCUACCUGCGUGCGGUGAGUGAGGUUUCCAUCAAUAGAAGCCUGGACAGCUUGGACCCGGCAGGGCUACUGGCCUCGCCCAAAUUCCGCUCGCGAAACGAGAGCUACAUGAGAGCCAUGCGCACCAUUAGCCAGGUGAGCGAGGUGGAGGUGAACGGACAGAUUGAGGCAGUGUGUGAGUCUGUUUUCAGUGAGAUGGAGUCUCAAGCGGUGGAUGCUCUGGACCUCCCUAUGUCAGGCUGCUUCCGCAUGCGCAGUCACAGCUAUGUCCGGGCCAUCGAGAAGGGCUGCUCCCAAGAUGAGGAGGACAGGGUCACCAUGGUGGGGGGAAACAUGAGGGCUAUCUCAGCCCCCCGGGCCACCACCACCGUCAGGACCAUCCAGAGCAGCACAGUGUCGUCAUGCAUUACCACGUACAAGAAGACGCCUCCGCCGGUGCCGCCGCGCACCACCCCACCCAAACCUGUCAUCUCCAUCACGGCCCAAAGCAGCACCGAGUCGGCCCAGGACGCAUACAUGGACGAGGGGUCAGGCCUCCGGACCCGGAUCAGCACAUCCCAGCCCCACCUGUCCAACUCCACCGAGAGCAUCGACAGUAUGAAGGCCCUGACUGCAGCUAUUGAGGCAGCUAACGCCCAGGUCCACGGCCCGGCCAGCCAGCACGUCACCAACAGCACCAUCACCGUCACCGCCACCACCACUGCCUCCAGCGACAGCAAGAGGGACUCGCUCCGGAAGUGCCUCUCCAUAGGAAUACAGGUGGAUGGACCAGAGGAGGUUAGGGCGACAGAGGAGCACUCCAAGUUCCAGUCAGUGGGCAUCCAGGUGGAAGAGGAGAGAUGUUACCGCAGGAUGACCAGGUCCAACAGUGUGACCACGGCGGUCCAGGCCGACCUAGACGACCCUGACUACUAUCCCGUCGACGCUCCAGAGAUGGCGAUGCGCCACUCGGCCACCAUGCCCCGCCAGUACUCCCGGGACUCCGCCACCUCCACCGUCUCCAUCCAGGGCUCGGGCAACCACUACCACGCCCUGACUGUGGAGGAGUACGGCGAGGUGGGUGUCGACCCAUCCAUCCUGCCCCCACCUGACCCCUGGAUGGACCAAGUGGAGGGCCCAAUGGAGGUGGUGGAGGGGAGGGGGUCGUUGUGUCCCAGGGACGGGCGCUGGUUCCUCAAGCUGCUGCAGGCCGAGAUGGAGCGCAUGGAGGGCUGGUGCAGACAGAUGGAGCAGGAAGAGAUGGAGAACGAGCUGCCGGACGAGAUCCUGGGGAAGAUCCGCAGUGCAGUAGGCAGCGCCCAGCUGCUCAUGUCUCAGAAGUUCCAGCAGUUUCGGGAGCUGUGUGAGGAGAACCUGAACCCCAAUGCCAACCCCAGGCCCAUCUCCCAGGAUCUGGCUGGUUUCUGGGACAUGCUGCAGCUGUCCAUCGAGAACAUCAGCCUAAAGUUUGAUGAGCUGCACCAACUCAAAGCCAACAACUGGAGACCCCUGGACCCCCCCAUGUUAAAGGAGAGACGGUUCGCCCCUCCAGUGCCAAAGAAGCCCCACAGGGGCCACCCUCCCCUGGCCAGGGACCGUUCUCUGGAGAGCUCCGUUAGACAGCGGCUGGAGGCUCGCAAACGUCUGCUGGCCGCCAAGCGGGCCCUCGCGGUCCGACAGAGCUCUGUCACCGAGAGCACAGCAGACAGUAUUGAGAUCUACAUCCCCGAGGCCCAGACCAGACUAUGAGACACACACAGAUAGAGACAGAGACCCUCCCACACACACACACACACACACACACACACACACACACACACACGCACCUACAAUGGUGCACGCAAACACCCACACAGGCACACACAGCACUGAAUGGCGAGGGUAGGGUGCUUGUAAUAUGAUCACAUCUUUAUUUACUUCAACAAAAGAGGGGGGACAGUCACAGCUCUAUAGUUGAGUGAGAAUACUGUAUAUUUAUGAAUUUUUAUCCUCUCCAUUUGAUCCUCUCCGUUGAACUUUCAGCUUUGACGUAGCUCCCCCCCACUCCUCACUCCCAGCGAUGUUUCUUCUUGUGAUGUCAACUCUUCUUACCGAUAUUCCACCAACCAAGUGACCUGUUGUCACCCAAACAACAGGUAUACCAGUACCACAGCAUUGAGGCAUAAUGUAUAAUGUUUCUGAUUCAUUGGAACUGAAGGAAAGUUACGGAGGGAUGUACUAGUGGGUCUAGACGGAGUGCUGUCAGGGCACACUAGCUAAUCCUGUUGGGUGUCAGAAAGCCUGAGACAGCAAUUGUGUCCCGCAUGACACCCUACUUCUUAAAUAGAGCACUGUUUUUGUGCACUACUUAGUGCACAAAAACAAUAACUACCUAGGGAGUUAUUUGAGACACAGCCAGCCUCUCUACUCUGGUGACCCUGGGUGAGGCUGCUACUGUGACUCACAGCACAAUAACAGCAGACAAUAGGGAAACUCAGUCUCUUUCCCCCUGUGGGAUACUACUGUCACGGGGUUCACACACACACACACACACACACACACACACGCACGCACACACACGUACGCAUGGACGUACAGUCAUUUGAGGUAACUUACCUAAACCUGUUUGAAUUGUUAGGGAGAACACCUGAGACAUGUCUAAAACCUUCUGGAGGCAUACGAGACAACUGUUUUAAAUGUUUCAAUUAGGAUUCAAUCCUAACUUCGAUUUAAGUAAUAUUUUCACUUAGUCAUGCAUUGAUGUCAAUGGAAGACUAAGUAAACUUAAGUAUAACUUAGGAUUUGCCCCUUAUUAUUGAAAUCCAGGGAACAGCAGCGCUACAUGACUUGGCAAUGAAAUCACACACAUAAGCAUUUUAGUGAGUCACCAUAUUUUAAAAACAAUGAAAUGCAAAGAAAAAGGGUAUACACUAAUGGUUUGAUACAAUGAUUUUAGUCCAACACCCAUGAACACCUAGAUGUUAUAUUAGAGCAACAUACACUUAUCACACACUAUUUUGUUAUUGUACUUUCAGAGUACUCUGAGAGACUUUGCGCAGGAGCUGAAUCAACACAGUCCGAAGGUGUUCAACGUAGACAAUAAUAUCAAUGUGCAAAAAUGACUUUCAUUUGUAAAAAUCCAAACCUUUUAUAAAAUGGGAUUUGGAUGAGAGUUGUAGCUUGGGAUUCAUAGUAUUUACCAAUAAUCAAUACAGGUCUUUGUAGAGGAAAAAAAAUGAAUAAAUAAAUCAACUCUG